GCAGUGCACCUGCGUACUUGAUUCUUACUGACACAGAGGAGAGGGCCAUGGUCUUAACAGUGUAGCUUCAGGUCACCAACUCAAGGUCUUGAGAAGCCUGGUGCUGCUUAGCUGCAGGCUGUACCUCGUGAAAGUUACCUCCCCCAGCUUCGAGCUCUGGCCUCACAGGAAAGUGGUGGCUGGGAUUGAAGAUCCAUGGGCUGCUGGUCAGCGGAGGGGGAGGGGGAGCCCCUGGGCAAGCUCCAGACAAAGGAGGAUGUGGAUUCUGCUCUCUGUCAGCCUGGGGAGACCCAUGCAGGGGUGUCCGGAACAGUUGUCCCUUCACUUCCGUCUCCUUGCUCUCAGGGACAUCACCCUUUGGUGUGAGGACUACCACCAGGUCAGAAGCAGUGUGACAUUUGGUGUGCAGAAGGUGGAGACCAGAAGCUGCCUGGAAUCAAGGGGUGAACAUUUGGUGAGCACGUAAGGCCUCUGAGGCGCUGUCACUGAGCUCCUGCCCACAGUCCCGUACCAGAGUCAUUAUGUCUGGAUCCAUGGAGCCACACCAGCUGGAGGAAGAACCCAAGGAUGAAAGCAGCAUGGAGGAGGUUCUUAGUCCUGAAAAGCUGGCUCUUCCUCAGGAUCCAGAGGGCAGCUCCUUGCCCCUCACCGCCAGGGCCGCCACCCCAUCAAGCCAAUCCGAUGAGGGCUCCAUCAUUUCUGGAGAGGAGAGUGUGUUCCCCUCGGAGGUACUGCCCGUCGUGGAGUCCUUGAUGGGUUAUCCCAUUCAGGGUAAGGUGGCUGAUUUGCUGGCAUUCUUGUUCUUUAAGUAUCGAAAGAAGGAAAUGACCAGCCAGGCAGAAAUGCUGCAGGGUUUGUUCCAGGGCUGUGAGGAGAACUUUCCUGAGGUCUUCUCGAUGGUCAGUGAGUGCCUGUAUGUGGUCUUUGGCAUUGAUGUGAAGAAAGUCAGCCCCACAAGCCAUUGCUAUGUGCUCAUACCUGCCCUGGGCCUCUCCUUUGAUGGGAUGCUGGAUGAAAUGCCAAGCUUUCCCAGGACCACAGUUCUGCUCAUUAUCCUGGGUGUCAUCUACAUUCGGGGCAACCAUGCCAGUGAGGAGGCCAUCUGGGAGGUGCUGGGUGAGAUAGGGGUGUUUCCUGGGAUUGAGCAUGUCAUCUAUGGGGAGCCCUGGAAAUUUGUCACCCAGACUUUGGUCAUCGAGCACUACCUGGAGUAUCGGCAGGUGCCUGACAGUGACCCUCCUGAGUAUGGGUUUGUGUGGGGCCCUCGGGCCCUCGUGGAAACCACCAAGCUGAGUGUCCUGGAGUUUUUGGCUAGGGUCAAAGACACCGUCCCCAGUUCCUUUAAUGUCUGGUAUGAGGCAGCUUUGAGGGAGGAAGAGGAGAAGUUCCAACCGCCAGACCUACCUUUGUGAUGAUAACUAGGGCCAGUGCCCGGGCCAGUGACAGGGCCACAUCCAGUAGCUGCUCCUGUCCUGUGUCGUCUGUGAGGAAGAUGCUUCCGUCUGUGUUUGA